AUGUCGGAACAAAAAAUUUUUACAAAACCCCUUGUGUUAACUGCAUUAGCCUCUGCAUCUGGUAUGCUUUCAUUCGGCUGGAAUACAGGAUGCAUUAAUUCGUCACAAACAGCUAUCAAAAAGUUUAUGAUCGAUGUUUAUUUUAAACGAAAUGGGACCCAUCUAUCUCCAUUUUUCGUAACAUUUUUAUGGUCAGUUACAGUAUCUAUAUUUCCUCUUGGAGGAGCAGUUGGAGGUUAUUUCGCAGGACCUGUUAGCCGAAAAUUCGGGAUGAGAAAUGGUCUACUAUUAACAAAUCUUUUAGGCUUAGGCGCUGCUAGUUUAAUGGCUGUAUCAAAAUUCAUCAGUUCGCCCGAAUUGCUGAUAUUGGGACGGUUAAUUAUCGGUAUCGAAUGUGGCUUUUAUACAGGUUUAUGUCCAAUGCUUCUUGCAGAAGUCAGUCCAAAACAAAUUCGUGGAGCAAUAGGAUCAUUGACUUCGUUAUCAGCUUACACGGGUUUGCUAUGCGCUGAAAUAUUUUCCACGCCCGGAUUAUUUGGAACGGAAGAGCUGUGGCCAUUUAUCUUUCUAUUUGCUGCUGUACCUCCUGUAAUUCAGUUUAUUUUACUUCAAUUCUGUUCUGAAGGUCCGAGAUAUUUGUUAAUCAUUCGUAACAACGAAGCCGCUGCGAGAACAGUUCUAAUGCAAUUGAGGAAAAAAUACGAUGUUAAUGAUGAGAUAGAUGAAAUGAAACGAGAAGCAUUAAACUUAGCGAACGAGAAAAAGGUCAGCAUUCGGGAGUUAUUUACAAAUAAAAUUUAUAGAUUGCCUAUAGCUGUGGCAAUUGUUGUUCAUUUAUCGAUGCGUUUUUGCGCAAUAAACGGUAUUAUGUACUAUUCAACAGAUUUAUUUAAAAAAGCAAAAAUUGCUGAGGGAACUGGCUCCUAUGCAACUAUUGGCGUAGGUGUUAUACUAGUAAUAAUGACAAUCGUCUCUGGUUAUUUAAUGGAUAAAGCAGGGCGACGUACUCUGCAUCUAUUAGGAUUGAUGGGAACAUUAGAUAUUAUUCCGAAUUAUCCAUUUGUUCCAUUCGCUGUUAUUACAUUGUUUGCAAUUCUAUUUUUAUAUAAAUAUUUACCAGAAACAAAGAAACGCACGUUUGAAGAAAUAACAAUGUUAUUCCGAUCACAUAUGAAGGAAUCACCAGCUAUCAUUCAGUAA